GAAACGGCUAACUGGCAGCGUGGAUUUUAUUUGUUGCUGAAGAAAGGCUGAAUAAUGAACUCAUCAAAAGAAGAUUUGAAUUGCAUUGGGGAGAUAGGCUCGGCAUUUUAUUCGCUUUAUAACGACUACUUCAUCAAAAGGUCUACAAGUCAUAUAAUCCUCCUUGAACUUGCAGCAUUGGUCGGCCUAAUGGUGGCGCUCGCUGGUUAUCGCUUCAUCAAGAUCGCCAUGUUUUUCACUGGCUUCACUCUAGCGUUUGCUGCAUUUUACGUGUUCAGCCCAUCAUUUAUUGACACAAAAUAUUGCUGUACCCGCAGGGGGCUAAGUCAAGUUCACGUUGGAGCGAGUGUGCUGGUUGGGACAGUGGCCGGAUUAAUUGUGACCAGACUCUACAGAAUUGGUGUUUUCAUCAUUGGAAAAUGUCUUGGAUUGUUGUUUGCGUUACUGUUGCUGCAUACUCCAAUCAAUUUGUACCUUAAAAGCUUUUCAGAAGUUGGCUCGUUUCUCACUCUAAGUGCAGUUGUAGCUGGCUCGUUUACUUUGCGUUACGAGAAGCCAUUUGCAGUAUUGUCUACAUCGUUUUUUGGCACGUACGUCGCUCUCUGCGGUGUUGAUGUUUUCGUCAAGAGUGCCUUCUCCUUUUCCCUGUAUGCUUUGAUUAACUUCAUGAAAGAAAAUGCCAGUUUGGACAACCAUUCUCAAUGGUUUUCAGAAAAACACCCGACGUUGCAACUUCACCUUUCAAAAUGCUGGACAUCCAGAAACAGUAUUAUAAUGUUUAGCAUUUGGCUGGGCUCUUCUAUAUUAUGCUGCCUGUUUCAAUACCAAGUGACUGCCAAAAAUUUGAGCGAAGGUGGAAAGCUUUGUCCAUUCAACCUAUGUGCCUGUAUUUGUGGGUGUUGCACUGGAAAGAAAAGUCAAGAGGCCGGAGUGAAGGGAAAAUGAUUCAUUUCGCUGAAAAACUGAGCAUGGCAUCCGAGCAGUAAACAGGACGGUUUUCAUUUUAAAAGAGGAAAGUAGCAAGGUAUUCAAGUAGAUUUUGUUAUUUUUUCAACUGAUGUUUUAUUUUCAUAAUCAUGCUUUUAUUAUUAAGACCAGUUCAGGUAAGAGGGGAAAAGCAAAGGAAUAAAAGUGAAAGCUGUGAUGUUCAAAAAAGCUCGUUGCCACUUGCAUCUGCUUGUUGUUGUAUAUAUUCUAGAAAAUUUGCUUAGCUUAGCAUUUCGACUAUGACGUAAGAGGUUGAAACCAUGAAUCCUUUGCAACGAUUGUCUCGCAUUCAGCAGUCACCAAUUUUCGCGUUCCUAUUUUUAUCCCUCGGAGAAAGCACUUUGUUUAUAAGAUGCUUGGGUUUAUUAUCGUGAACGGAAAUGGAAAUAUGUCCCCUUCGGAAUAUUGCUAGAUGAUAAUAAAAACUCUUGACUGCCAUGAAUUAACAGCAAAUGGAUGAUUCAUUUUUUGUGAAACUCGGUCGAGAUAAUCCGCUAAUCUCGCCAAUUUUUAUUCCUUUUCAAUUUCGCAACACUCCAGACCAGCGGGUAUGCGUUCGCUGCUCAUUCAUUGAUGCCCUCCCAAAUUGCUACUGAUCUAUAAACAGACCAGCCAUUACAAUAAUGUCUAGUUUGACAACGUUCUCCUCGUCGCACGCAUGUUCAGGAGUUGGGGAUUUCUGAGGCUAAUUUUCCAUCUCGUUGCUGAUAGGAAUAUCAUUGAUUUAAGAAGAAGGAAAGGUUUUAGAAGUUUUUAAGCUCAGUCUGAUUCGUUAUGUUGAAACAUUUCGCAACAAUCUUGGCUUUUCACUGGCUUUUCCAUCAUACUGCUUGCCUUCCCUGGAAAGACAGAGUGGUGCAUGAUGUCAACCCAGACAAGCGCCAGUGCCAAACACUACCAAUCAUGAGAAAUGCCACGAUUCCCGGGUGCGGCAGUUACGAAUACCAGACCAAUGCCUGCUAUAGUACCUGUAUGCCUGAUGUAUUUCAAAACAGUUUGUCUGCAAGGAGGGACUACCGAACAAAUUGCGGUCAGUGCAAACCUUAUUUAUCUGUGAUCAAGCCAGUAUACAUCUUAUGCAAAAAAUCCGGACUGCUUCGACGUAAAUACAUUAAGAAGGUGCUUGUAUGUAAAGCAACAUAACAUUGACUCGAUAAACUGUCCCCAUGAUGGACAUCUACUCUGUCUAGUCACGCACCUUCAUGGAACACAAGGGUGGGAUGUUCAACUCAGUUCUCAUGUAGAAAAAGUUGAGUUGGCGUGAACGUGUUUGUAACAUUAUCGCCUUACUUAUGGCUUAUGGGAGGGUUGCUGUUUUAAUACAAACAAACCACAUGUAUAGUACAGAAGUGCCAGGAAGGACCGGAAGAGAGCUUCGAAAUAGUCACCAGGGAUGUUGUAAUUGCAACCUUAUUUGCUGCUUAACAAACGCUGGCUUAAAUCAAAUUUUAAGAGCACUCUUUGUAUGAGAUACUGCCGGUAAGCGAUUCAAAGAUUGUAUGAAGUCGAUACAAGCAAAAUUAUGAAGUAUUUAAGUAUUUUAUUAUAUCAAUUAUUUUGCUAUUUAAGUGGUAGUCACCAGAGUAACAGCGAUGUAAUUCUAACUAUAUCUAAUUUGCAGAGGCAAGCUUUUUCUCUAUCUAUAGAUCGAGAUAUUAUAAUAUGAGACAUGA